CUCUAUAAGCUUCUAAUUAUAUGGCAGAAGGGGAUCGAACGAUGUUGUCGGGUUCAGCUGAUCCCAUGAAUCUCAACGGAGAUCAUGAAAAUAGAGCGAAACCGGUCACAGGUCCGCUGCCUAUGAACGGUGGAAAUGGCACUUACAGCUACUCCAAGAACUCCUCCUACCAGAAAGAAUCUGCUGAUCUUGAGAAGGGAAAAAUCAUUGAGGAAAUUGAGGAGAAGCUUGAUAUGAAAAAACUCUCAUCUUUUUCAAACACCAUUUGUCUAGCAGACUUGGGAUGUUCCACUGGACCAAACACUUUCAUGAUAAUUCAAGAAAUACUAGAAGCUAUGCAACGCAAACACCGAUCCCAAUUAUCCCAAUCAUGUCCCAAAGCUGAUCAACAGUACUCUGAUGAUCAUCAAAUGCCUGAAUUUCAAGUCUUCUUUAACGACCUAGAGGCGAAUGACUUCAAUACCCUCUUCACCUCUCUCCCACAAGACAGGAAAUACUUUGCAGCCGGCGUGCCCGGUUCUUUCCAUCGCCGUUUGUUUCCCGAGUCGUCUAUCCACUUUGUACAUACCUCAUCUAGUCUUCAUUGGAUCUCCAAGUCGCCUGAAGUAUUGCAAAACAAGGACUCUCCGGCGUGGAACAAGGGCAGGAUUCAUUACACAAGUGCCCCGGAUGAAGUGGUUGAUGCUUACGCGGCGCAGUUUGCCGAGGACAUGAAGAACUUUUUGAAUGUUAGGGCCACAGAGCUUGUGCCUGGAGGAAUGAUGGUAAUGAUCUUGUCUGGAAUCCCCAAAGGGAUGCCUUAUUCUGAAAUCCCAGCGGGUAUGUUGUACAAUUGUAUAUCGUCUAGCCUCAUGGAUAUGGCAAAAGAGGGAAUAAUUGAAGAAAGUGAAGUGGAUUCCUUCAACUUGCCAUAUUAUGCAGCCUCGUUAGAGGAGAUGGAGGAGAUAGUAGAGAAAAACGGGUGUUUUAAGAUAGAGAGAAUGGAGUCGUCAAACCCAGCAGCAUGGCUGCAAAAUCGUCCAGUUGACAUACCAACUUUGGUGAAACAUGUAAGGGCUGCAGUGGAGGGGAUGUUUGCCAGACACUUUGGAAGUGAGGUCAUGGAUGAAAUGUUCGGAAGAGUGACCGAUAAACUUCUAGACAUUUCCGACCUCGUAAACUCACGGCGCGACGAGAAAAGUCAGUUGCUUGCUGUUCUCAAACGCAAAUGAUUCUGACUAAAACUGAAAUAUUAUUGCUUCAUCAUCUUAUUCAAGAAAAUAAAAGGGAACAAAAGGAGAGAGAUUGGAAUUCAUCAUCAAACGUAAAUGCUAGUGUGUACUUGAUAAAGCCUUAUCCCAAUUAUCGUCAAAAUACUUAUAUUUAUUU